AUGGGGAGAACGGGUUUCAUCCUCUUCUGCUUAUGCAUUCUUUCAGGUUCAUUUUGCAGUAAUUCAAACCAUGUUAGUGAUUCGAGAAGGACGCGCUCUGCGAAUAUUAUUACAAGAAAACACAACUCUCAGUCUGCUGUGGAGGAGAAUGAAACCGAAUUCGAAGAAAAACUCAAAACGCUCCUGGAGAAAUUUAACCCAUCGAAUCCCGCAUCCAGAUCCAACAUCACCAGCGACUCCGUCAAGAGUCGAAUGUUUCUGAACCCAACCAACCCAACACAGACCACAGCAGAGCUACUCAAAGCCAUCGUGGCAACGAUCAUUCAGGGAACCGAACUGGAAACGCACUACGACUUUCUAAAAAACACGUUUGCAAUUUACACGCCGUUUAUUACACAGGAUUCCUGGGAUCGGCUGCCCGGGGCUCUCCUGUGCAUUCUGCAGGAUAAGAAAGACUGCGGCAUUAUUUCUAGUUUUGUGAGGCGUUUUUCCGGUCAGAUUGGGGGUAGCCUGCGAGACAUGUUGGACGCAUUGAAAAGACAAGCCUGCAGCACUACAUCGGCUAAUAUUAACAGCUUUGGAAGAUCUGCAGUCACAAGUCUUGGAGCGUCCCUCUCGCCUUCUGUGCGAACGAGUUCACAGGCGGUGACGGCUCGAAUUGUGGAUCUCCAGGUCCAGGUGGCGUCCUUCCUGGAUCUGCUGCCCCAGGUGUUAGCUCAAAGGCUGCAGGUUGCGUGGCAGGUGUUCCUCAGAGUAGUUUUCCCAGCGUUCGAUAGAUAUAUUGGCGAUAAGAUCAUAACGCUAAUUCUCACGCCUGCAGAUUUUAUCAUGCGUGAAUUGCAGAUUCUGGUUGGUGUUCCAAGUCUGGAUCAAAAUGAGCAGUGUUCACAAGGCGAUUUAAAACAGCUCAUUCUUUGGGGAAUGAGCCACAAUAUGAGCUGGAGCUUUGAUGAAACAAUACUGGACAUGUAUUUGAGUUCACCGCUGUGCAUUUACCCAACCCCUGAAUGUAGGAACGUUCAUUUCUCAAGAUCCUUGAUGCCUGAUACCUCCACAGUGUUUGAGGGAUGUGACCAGUACAAUUUCACAGCUUUCAAUGAGACCCUUUGCACCAAACUCCCCCAAAACAGACUCAACUCGACAGUGCUGCGCUCAGUGUGCAGCGCCAUGGACAGCUUAACAGCCAGUCAAGUCUCGCGGGUGGCAAGCAACGGCUGUGCCAGAGCUAACCAAGUGUCUUCUUUCUUCCAAACCCAGCUGGAGUCAUAUGCCAGCCCCUGUGAGCCUCGCUCAAAAGUGACCAGGUCCGUCUCAGAGUCGCAGCUGAGUCUCAGUGACCUUGUGUGUCUGUAUGACAUCUGGACAAAUUCAGACUCGGUAGACCCAGCAUCUGUAGCUCUGUGCAGCGAGAACGACCAGGAGAGUUUCGUACUGGCUGUUUGCUACAACGGGAAGCUGUUGGACAUCCUGAUCAAGGACAAUGACUGGCUGUUUGCCUAUUGCUCAAACUUCUCUGAUGCAUUUACCAUUGUAAGUGUUUACAACUGGUGCACCUACUCCUCGUGGGUAAGUGACCAGAUAGACGUCACGCUGGUGGCUUUUUGCUGGAAUAACGAUAGGGCACAGUUUGAAAAACUCCUCUGUGAAGACCUUGGAUUAUUCCUCCAAAUUAUGUCAAAUCCAGAGAACAACUGGAUAGUGGCCAACUGCACGCCAGCUGAGGAGCCCAUUGACAUUGCUAUUGUGGACAACGUAGACCAGUGGUGCAGGUACAGCGAGUGGCAAGACCCUGCAGCUAUAGAUGUGUCUAUCAUUAGCAUCUGUGUUUCAUAUGACACAAAGAAUUUUACACGCACAGUAUGCACUAACUCAACCGUGCUUGACAAGCUGUUGAAGAAUCAGGUGAAUUCCUGGCUCAAUGAUUUUUGCUCAAGUUCUUCCAGCGUGUUCAGUUCAGCCAGUUUCUGCCAGUAUGGACAGUGGGCAGAGACAGUGGUAGACCCGUCCAUUGUUGCACUUUGUUGGGAUCAGGAUCAGCUCAGCUUUAGUAAGAACGUGUGCUGUAACAUGGACUUGCUUGAGAAAAUGACCCAGGACCCUCAGAAUGAAUGGCUUCUGACCGUCUGCAGAGGUAACAGCAGCGAGACAGCGAACGAAACAAAGGAAGUGUUGGAGCUGGUGUGUCGCUAUAGUGAGUGGACGGACCCGGCUGGAGUCGACAUGACAGACAUAGCGGUCUGCAGCGAGUUUGACACGGUCAAUUUCACAAGAGCCGUGUGCACCAAUAAAACCUUUCUUCUGCAGCUAAUAAAAAACCUAGAUAACACCUGGCUCUUACAAUUCUGCGCUAACCAUUCCAGAUCCGGAUACGCAAUGAAUUUCAAUCCUCAAGUAAUCUGUCGCUAUGAAACGUGGGCAGUUCAGAUUCCAGACCCAACCCUCGUAGCGGUGUGCUGGGACUAUGACCAGGGAAACUUUGUAAUGCUUGUCUGUAAAAAUAAACUUCAGCUGUCCACAAUGAGCCAGGAUCCUACCAACAGCUGGGUUAGGUCACUGUGUUCCUCUUACAAUGAAAUCACAAACCAUACCUAUAACAACGCUUCAUAUCCUCAGGCGUGCAUUGUGAGAGACAUCAUAAGACAGUUGAACUGGUCAUGCAGUAUUGACUACUCAGCUGUGUGCCAGCAGGACUCUUUCCAGCUGAAGAGCCUUCAUCACUUAAUCCAGUGUGGGAUGGAGUCUGUCGGGCUCGGUGUGAACAGCGUCCUUGUUGAGCAGGUUUCCUCUGCACUCAGAAAAGCAGCCAAUAACAUCGUAGCCCUGCUGGUCACCCUGGAGGAAAGCAAACUGGUUUCCUUACAAGUAACAGAAAACAUUAGGCUAAGUGUGCUGCAGUCUGUCAUGGAUUACCUGAAGCACGAGGAGAGUUUUACAAAUAAGAGAGAGCUCCUGCAGUGCUUUGGGAACCUCUUAAUGAACCUGAUGCAGACUGGAAGAGAAGUGUCUGAUGGAAAUUUCUUUCUCAUAAAGGAGUACUUUCAACUUCCAAUUAAAGAUCUCAAACCAAUACUGAUGCCGGUAGAAAUCAAAGCUGGAAGACAAAUAUUACAAUAUCUGAACAGGAACUGGGCUGCAUUGAAGCUAAGUGACAGGUAUUUACAAACCAUGGCAUCUGUGUUUUUCCAAAAAUACAUGUCUAUUGAUUCCACCAUACUCCUGGAGUUCGGUCAGCUGCUUCCUUACUUCAGUGUUUUGGAGAUUUCCAGUCUGCCAGGUCUACAGAACAAUAAAGCUGCGUUGGUUUCUAUUAAUCAAAUCUUUCACAAGCUCACCCUGGACCAGAGGAGAGAGUUUGGAAAGUGGUUUGGAAGCUCAACACAGUUCUUGAACGUGACUCAAUGGCCAAUGUCUGCUAUACAAGAUGCCGGGAGUCUGUUGGCAUAUCUCCCGUUUGAGAAGUUUAAGACCCUUUCUGCUGCUCAGAUGUUCUUCGGACUUGACAUUCUGUUAAAUAAUACACUGACUGGCCUGCAGAGGCGCUUCAUAGCUCAAAGCAUUCUGAAGACUUACCACAACUUAACAGCCCCUGACUUCCGAAGACUGGGCAACCUCACAUGCCUUGCAAAUACUGCCGACCUGCUGGUCUACAUGCAAACUCCAGCGCUUGACGCCAUCAAGCUAAACAUCCAAGACUGUGUUAGACUGGGAUCUGUCGUUCCUAGUGAAAUGGUCUCCAGCCUCCUGGUGGAGCAAGCAGUCCUGGCUGAGCCGGGGUCCCUCAGCCCAGAGCAGCUGUACCACCUCGCUGUCAUAAUGCCUUCCCUGGGCAUCCCCUUCAUUAAUCAGCUCCUCCCUUCACAAGUCCAAGCUGCUCUGCCAGCGCUCAGCUCCGUGGACUUCUCACCUGCACAGGUUCUCCCUGAGAUGCUGGCAAGCCUGGGCACUCUGAUCAGUGGAGUGAAGGCAGAGACACUGAGAGUCCUGCCCACAGACACACUUCUCACCGCUCUGCCCAACAUUACACUGCAGAGGAGCCGGCUCAGUCCUGCUCAGCACACUGCCAUCACAACCAAGCUGUGGGGCUCUAAUCAGGUUACAGGGUGGCUGGGUGCUCUUGAUCCCCUGCUCCCCGAGACUCCUCUCCUGAGUGUGAGGUCGCGACUGACCCCCUUGCUGUCCAACCUGAGCACCGUCAGUCACCGCGCCUGGAACACACAGCAGGCAAAACUUCUUUUCAGGGAAUCUCUAAAAGCAUUCAGCGAUAUUAGGGAAGAUGGGUUCUUGUCACUGGGGAUGAUCUCUCAAGGUGUGGACUGCGAGACCCUGAAGAGGCGGUUUCUGAGCAGCUCGUCCUCAGUGAUCAGCAGGAUCCUGCUCUUCCUGCACGGCUUGCCAGCUCAGCUGCACAGCUCUCUGAAAAAAUGCAUCACCAACGAGUCAUACAACUUCAGCUUCUCCGCUGGACUGCUGGAAGAAAUGGGUGCACAGGUCGCUGUCGAGCUCCCGGUCAGCAUUAUAAAGCGCUUCCCUGCGGACAUGAUGGAAACCUUUCGGAGGAUCAUAGUAAACGCUCCGGAAUAUUUUCUCAGACUGCCCAGCAUAAAGCAGAGUCUUCUGGUGGACAAGGUGGUUCAGAGGCUGGGGAUGUCCGACGGAAUGUUUACUGGGGAGGAAUUCCAUUCUCUGGGAGUCAUGGCAACGUUUGUCGUGGAUGAGAUAUUUAUCAACAUCUCCAGAUUUUUUUUUGUGGAGAACAUCGAACGCAUCAGGAACUACUGUUUUUAUAAAAACAAGAAGGACGUCUUAGCCAUGAUGCUGCAAGAGAAAGCAACAUUUGGGCCUGUUUCUAACUGGACAUCAGAGACACUUGAUCAGGUGGAUAGAUUCAUUUUCUUUCUGCCCACAACAGCAAUGAAGCAAAUAAAUAAGAGUCUCAUGACAGUGGAGAGAAUGGAGAGGCUGUUCCAGAGCCAGAGACAGUGGGAGAAGAGUGCGUUUGGCACCAUCUGUCACCAGAACAGGGACAUGGCUGAAGUGGAUGGAAUGUUUGCGAACCAGCAGUUCAUGCUGCAGUAUUUCCUGGGAGUGCUGGGAAUAGGAGUGCUUCCGAAAUUAGCUCUGGUUCCAAGCUGCAGCAAUGUCCGAGCCACGCUGCCUUCGGCCUGGGCUGUGGACAGUCUGACCAGCAUGGCUGCUGACCACUUCAGCAACUGCCUGGAGGCCAUCGGACAAGACCCCAACUUCCAGCCUGGAGAGCUCACCCUGCUGCUGGGAAAAGUUAAACAGAUCUAUGGGCCAGCCUCUGCACUGACUCCCAAAGUGAUCCAACAGCUGGGGAGGAUCGCCACGCAGUUCACCAGCGACGAGCUGCAGAAACUCAAACUGAACGACCUGGCAGCUGUCACGGCUCUGGGUAGAAUCAAAACCUGGACCAGCAGACAGCUCUCAGUUCUGUAUGCUGCUGUUCUGAACUCCACCAAACUGACCGGGAGUGACCUGGAUGCCAGUACUCUGGUGGCUCUGGGGUAUGGAAUCUGUGGAAUAAAAGCGUCGGAAAUUCCAGCCAUGAAUCCGGUGGAAUUCAGUAAGUCAGUGCGCUGGGUCGGGCUGCUGCGGUUGGAUUGCACAGAGGAGCAGCUGGGAGCUCUGGCUAAGCUGCUCACACACAGCCUUGCUUUCGGACCGGUCAGCAGCUGGGGGUCUGAAGUCUUCAUUGAAAUCGGAGGCAUCGCAGCUGGUCUUGAGGAUAUUGUUCUGUCUUCGUUGGCAAAGGAACAAAUUGAAGGACUCACACCACUGGCGAUUUCAAUGAUUCCACCGCAGAAAUUCUCUGUCGUGUUCAGCCAGGACCACAUGCGAAUGUUCUCCUAUGAGCAGGGAGCGGCCCUGACCAGCAGUCAGCUGAAAUCCCUCAACAGCCUCCAGCAGACUGCCCUGUCCAUGGUGUUGACCUCUUGGGAAGACAAACCCGCCGACUUCCGAGGAAGAUCUGCUGGUAUACCUCUGUGUCCAAUCCCGUUUGAAGUCCUGUCCAGCCUGCUGCUUGUGUCGCUCUUCACCCAUUGACCGCCCAAUCAAAAGGACAUCUCCACCGUCUGUCUAAUUUGCAGCACAUGCAUUUGGCUAGUUCCACAGACCCUGAUUAGCACUAAUCAUGCACUACCAUACUUAAGGUGACAUUAGGAAGUCCAGGAUUAGUGCUAAUCGGGGUCUGUGAAACCAAAGGAUGAUGGGGUACUCUUAAAGGGGGUUACAGCUAGUGAAAUACUUCCUUAAAUCUUACCUGCCGUGCACUUCCAAUGAAGAUCGCAGUUUGCGUGCCUUCAUUUCAGGUUCCUAGGUCAUCAGCAUUGCUUUGGGAUCAAAGCAUGUCACUGGAUUCACAGCACGUCAGUCAUUAGGGGGAAGAAACUGGAUGGUUAAUACCAGGAAAGAAGGUCUUGUAGAGGCUGGAGAGAAUGACAUUGUCAAGGUGAACUGACCUAAGGAGUGCAAGUCUAACAGACUGUGUGAAAGUAAACAGUUUUUUGAACACAUGGUUCUUUCAAAGCUGCACACUUGAUAGCUACAGUACACAGUAAAUGGAAGUGUACUAAUGGGUAUUUAUUUCAUAAGCUACAACCCCUUUGACAAUACUGAGUCUGUCAAUCUGAAAAUGUUUUUUUCAGUUUAGAAAGCACCUCAUUGCACUCUAAGGAGUAUCAAUAAAAUUGACAAUUCACAAUAUCUAUUUCAUUAUUUACAUAUUGUCCUCUUUGCGUAAUAUUGUGGAUCUCAGUGAGCUACUGUCUGUCUGGCUCAAGAGCCACCCCACCCCCAGCAUGCCACAGCAGCUUAUUAUAAAGAUAUUGAAUAUUCAUGGU